GAUAUUAAUAUCCGAAAACAGUCACCAUUUCUGGCCUACCUGUCUGCUUGCGGGACAGUUCAAGUCAGGGAUACCAGAUUUCUGGAUGAGAGCAUCCAUCUCAUCAGCGCGUUCCAGCUGGCAGGAUUUUGCCAUGCUAUUGGUACUCUAUGGGAAGUCAAUGACGAGCUCUGUAUUGACAUGGCGAGAAUCACGUAUGAGGGAAUGAGGGAUGGAGACAUGACAGACAAAUCUGUAUGCCAAGGGCUCCAUAAUGCUACAAGAGUGCUUCGAGAU